CCACUCACCGACUUAUGCAUUUAAAAUCUCUGAAAUUCUCGGCAAACUGCAAGAAACCCCCAACUUUCCCUUCCAUCAUUUUCCGUCUUUCCAAACAUGGUUCGCAGGUCUGAUCGCAUCGCUUCCCGUCCACCUAAGAGGUUUGCUGCCCUAGAAAACUCUGAAGAAGAAGAAGAGGAGGAGGGUGCUGGCGAAGAAGAAAGGGAAGAAGACAAUGACAGGAGACUUCAAGAUGUUUUUUAUGAUGACAAGGAAGGAGUAUUGGAUCAUGGACCAAAGAAAGGGCGAAAAAAGCAACAGAGCAAACCGAAACUACAAUGGAAAGUUUUGGAAAAAGAGAAUGAGACUUUUCUGAAUUUUUGUGAAAUAAAAAAUCAUCUUAUGAAUUUCGGAGAUGAAGUGAUUUUGGAACCUACUGAGGCGCCCCCGCACUUUCUUGUACCUCUUCUGAGCCACCAAAAGGAAUGGCUGACUUGGGCUUUAAAGCAGGAGGAGUCACCUUUUAGAGGAGGGCUUCUUGCAGAUGAGGCUGGAAUGGGGAAGACAAUCCAAGCCAUUGCGCUGGUUCUUGCAAAAAAGCCAAUCCAUAGAAUAGACGCUGGACCAUGUGAAGCAUUGCCUUCAUCCAGUUCACAGACAGCAGAACUGCCAGAAACUAGAUGCACACUCAUUAUCUGUCCUCCAAUUGCUCUGUCUCAUUGGGAGAAGGAGAUUGUUCGUUGUACACCCCAAGGGAGCACCAAAGUGCUGGUCUGUCAUGGGGAUGAAAGAAACAAGAUGGUUCAUGACUUAUCGAGCUAUGAUUUUGUUUUGACAACUUAUCAGACCGUAUUCACGGAAUAUGAGACCUCUUGUAAGUCGUGGUUUCCCGUAGAUCUGGCUUCACUCUGUAGAGGAUGGAGAUUUGGAAUUGCUGAGAGAGAGUCCGAGGAGAAUUUGAAAUCUUCCAACAUGGAAGCAAAAUGUGCAAGUUCAGGAGAUAGUACAUGUGUUUGUGAUGGUGGUAGAGGGAAGAGUUCUUGCAAUAAUAAAAAGAAGAAUCCCAAGCAAAAAAAGAAUGCAAGCACUUUGUCUUCCAAGUCAAGUCUAUCAAUCACUAGGGAAUUCUCUCUGCACUCAAUUAAGUGGCAACGGAUUAUUCUGGAUGAGGCUCACUCCAUAACAAACGAAACUACAAAAGCAAUUUUUUCUUUAAAGUCUUCAUACAAAUGGGCUUUAAGUGGCACUCCAGUUCAGAAUAAUUUCCAAGAACUUUACUCAAUGAUCCGCUUUUUGCAAAUAUUUCCUUAUGCAUACCACUUUUGUCAAUAUUGUGACUGGAAAUGUAUCAUGCCCGAACUUUGUUGGACUCAUAAUUGGUCCUUUUGCUGGUGGCAAAAGUAUGUUCGUAAACCAAUGAGACAAGGAGGUGAUGCAAAAAGAAGAGCCAAGACUUUGGUAACCCAAAAGAUUCUGAAAAGCAUAAUGCUAAGGCGUACUAAAGAAAGUAGAAAAGAACUUUGUCUUCCAACUAGAAUUGUUAGAGUGAGACGAUGUGCAUUAGAUAUUAGAGAAGAAGAGUAUUACAGGACAUUAUAUGAAAAAUGUCGAUCACAUUUUAAUAGAUAUGUUGCGGCUAGACACUCGUGGACAGAUUGGUCUCAAAUAGGUAGACUUUUGCCACGGUUGCAAAAGGCACUCAAUCACCCAUAUCUUGUGAUUUAUUCUAAAGGUCCAGUACCAGGAAGGAGAUAUAGGAUUGAUUUGGCAAAUGAUGAUCAAGUCUGUGGCAUUUGUCAUGAGGCUCCAGAAGAUAAAGUUGUUGCAUGUUGCAAGCAUGUCUUUUGUAAGACUUGUCUCCAGUCUCUUGCUCCAGCCCUUGGACUAGCUUUAUGUCCCUUAUGUUCAACACCAUAUACUGGUAAAUCUGCAAUGAAGAAGAAUGAUUCUCCAUUUACUGGUAAAUCUGCAAUGAAGAAGAAUGAUUCCGUAAUGAAGAACAACACUGGUUCCGGAACAACCUUUAAAGACUUUAAAUCCUCAAGUCUCUUAAAGAGAAUUUCUCUCAAUGAAUUUCAGACAAGCACAAAAAUUGAAGCUUUGAGGGAAGAAAUCAGGUUCAUGGUAGAAACAGAUGGUUCUGCAAAAGCUCUUGUUUUUAGCGACUUCAUUUCUUUCUUGGAUUUAAUUGAGUACUCCUUGCUGAAGUCUGAAAUAAAUUGUGUAAAGCUGGUCAGGGAUAACACUGUUGAUGCAAGAAAUGCAUUGGUAUCAAGAUUCUUCAAAGACCCAGAUUGCAAAAUCUUACUCACAACUUUGGAAGCUGGAGGUGUUUCCUUGAAUCUCACCAUCGCAUCAUAUGUUUUCUUGAUGGAACCCUUCUAUACCGCUGCAGAGUUGAAGGCUUGUGAUAGAGUUUAUCGAAUCGGUCAGCACAAGACAGUAAGAAUUGUGAAGUUUGUAGCUGAGAACACAAUAGAGGAGAGGAUGCUGGAGCUGCAAGCAGCGAAGAACCAAAUUUCACUGAGUGCAUUACCUGGUUCGCUAAAUCUUGAGGAAGAACUAACAGUUGAGGACCUGAACUACUUCUUCAUGUAAGCCAAAGAUACUUUGAAGCAGCUGGCACCCCUGCAGUACAAUAAUGUUGAUAUAUUUGUGUUUGUGACAUAAUUGUUAUUGGUAAAUUGCAAAUCUCAGUCUACACUAAUAAAAGAGCAAGUAAAUCUUUAAGAAGAUAUUAGUGUAACGAACCUCUGAUAUCAAUCUGCUUCUAAUGUGAUGAUCUUCUGGAAUAUCACUAGCUUGUCCUGUGGCUGUGUCUGGGAUUAUGAUGAGCCACCCUGAAUUGCUAGUUGUGUCCCUUUGCCAGAAAGAACUAUGCGACAUCCAACAAAGAACUGCUCCUUCUGCAGACCAAGAAAUUCGGUAACUACUGCUACCAUGUCCAGUGUUGAGACUACAUGGAACCCAGCCAACCUUCAUUUGCUUCUAUAUAUAUAUAUAUAUAUUGGGCACCAUACUAGACCCAGCCCACGCAUGGUAGUAGCAGGUAGCAGAUUUUCUUAGUUUAUGGGAGUAGUUCUUUGUCGGAUAUUGCAUGAUUCUCUCUGGCAAAGGAACACAACUCGCAGCUUAAGGCAGCUUGUCAUAAUCCUUGACAUAGCCCUGAGACAAGCUUGUGAUGUUCCAGAAGAUGAUCCUCAAAUUAGAAGUAGAUUGAUAUUUGAGGUUUGUUAGAUUAAUAUCUUCUUUAAACUUUACUGAUUUCUUUAGUUUGGCCUCAGAUUUGCAGUUCAGUACUUGUCACAAUUGUGUUAUAAGUUAUAACAAGCUCAAAGACAAUCUUUUCAACUUUUUUACAUCCUUCUUAGAUUUGAUAAAUUGUCCCAUCCAUCAAGUAAAUUGAACCUUCAAGUUUAACUAUUUGUAUUGAGAACAAAACUAGCCAUUUCAAUGUAUCAUCUUUCUUG